AACGUCAAUAUUGCUUCAAUGAAAGUCGCAUCGACAAACAAUCCGAUGACACUAUCGUUCGCAUGGAAAAAUUGUGCGCAGCACCAAUGAAGCGACCAAGAAUUCUGCUCAACGAUAUGCCAUUGGAUACAUCGUUGAACAAAACAUUGCUUAGCUCGUCCGACGGUUCUCUUGAGCAAUCAAACAUACCUUUGCCAGACAUGGAAUGGAAAAGCACACAAGUGUCCAAUGCACCGCAACCGAUCUGGAAAUCGUACGAUGAACAAGUCAUUGACAUCAAAGAUAUUUGCUGCGAUCUGCGUGCAAUUUCAUUUUGUCGAUCGAAAAACACAUCAUUGGUUAGCUUGCCCGAGUGUGAAACCAGUGCUUACUAUUCGGGUCAAUCAAGCUCAUUGUUCCAGUCGUACGAUGAAAAAGUAAACGAAUCUUAUCAUUCAUUCAGUUUACCUGACAUUGCAACAAUUGACACCAGUGUAUAUGGUUCGGGUCAUGAUUCACCGCUUCAAGCUUCCGAUUCGUUGUAUCACUAUCGACGUGGCCGAACACCGCCGCGCGUCACAUCGAACGGACAUCGGCAACAGCCAUCGACGCCAACGAGCUCAUAUAAACUGGAUCCGCAUGAGCUGAGCUGCGAAUUGUCGCCAAUAUCCAACAUGACCAGAAGCCCAGUGACCAGUUCACUGAAUCAAAUGCAUGCAAUUGAUUUUGAAAAUCUCGUUGAGCCAGAUAAUUUGAACGAUACGUUAGAACGAGUAAACUAUCGUCUGGCUGUGUGCGGUGCCAAAUCACCAUCACCCACUAAAAUGGCUAGAAAGCGACAACUGAUGCAAGUGUACUUUGCGGAGCUGUUGCAACAAGGAGCCGCCACCAAGGUUAACACACAAGGUUGUAACGGUGUCGCCAUGCAAUCAUCGCCCGAAAUUGUUCAUGUUCCAACGGAAAACAAAGGUCUAAAAAUCAACAGCGACCACACAGACACCGCCAACAACAUUUCAACUGUGAAAGACAUCGAGAACCAUCUCAUUUCUUUGGGAUGCAAUUCGCCCACGCCAUACAGCAUCGCCAAACGCAGACAACUCAUAGAAGAAAUGGCAAAAAAGUCGAAGUCGAAGUCACGAAUCAAGCGCACCAUCUCCGUGGAACAAACACUCAGAGAAUAAGCCUGAAAUCGUUCGUUUUUCAUUGAUCUCAUUGCGAGUUAACUUAAAGUGAUAAAUAUCGCAUGUGAUUCCAAUUUAAACAUUAAAUUCUAUGAAAAGUAUGAUAGCAUAAGUAAGAUUCAUUCAAAAUGUCUAGAGACUUUAUCAAGAGAAUGCAAAAGAUUGUGAUUUUAGAGAAAUUUUUCCAAUUAAAAAGAGCGUAAAACAUUUUCAAUCAUAACAUAUUUAAAAUUGGCGCAAAAUGUACAACAUUUGCAAGUAAUAAAUCGUUUGUUUUAAACCAAUGGCGCUGUUGUUUGAAAGUAUGCAUAAAUUUGUAUUGGCGCCCGAUCAAUUUGACAGCACAAACCGUUAUUCGAGUCAGUGUAUAUUUGGCUGUGCGCUGUGAACAUCACACUCCGACUGACUACCGACAAUUGUUUGAAGAAAAAAAAACGUUGUAAAAAUGUCAAUAAAGUUAGAAGAUUCGAUGGAAAGUUUUGAAAACACAUCGACCAGUGGUUUUGAUAUCAAAGACCAGACGGUUGGCGAUAGUUUUAUCCGCAAAGUGAAUUGGUCUGAGGAUGAUUGGUCGAUGUAUUCGUCGGAAAAUUAUAAAACACAAUUGGAUGACACAAUGGAUGUUUGCAAUUAUCGCAUCGUUGAAAAGUUCAACGUGAACAGGGUAAAUGUUGAUGUCACAACGGGUUGGAAUGCAUUCUUUAAUGAUUCAAUGUAUACAUUGUAUACCAGUCAAUUGAUCGAUUUGGAAGACACAUUAGACAUUUGUAACUAUCGACGUGGUUCAAUCGAAUGCAAUCCACCCGAAACAUUGGCCGAACCAACGGUUUCAAUGUGUGAAUCGGUUGUUAUCGAAUAUCCACCGAAGCUCAAACACUUUUUGGAUAUAUCAGCGGUCGAAACAGUUGAUUGUAUCUGGAAUCAAUCGAUUGAGCUAUUGAAUGAAUCCAGCUUCGAUUGCAAAGUGCCGAGAUUAGACGAUACAAUGGAUGUCUUCAGUUAUCGACGCAGAGCAUCCCAAAUGGCAAAACAACAACAAGUGUCACAGCCAAAAACACCGCCAAGAUGUAACAUGGAUGAAGCGAAGAAUUUCAACAGAAUGGUCAUACCGAAAUACCUGUUUGGUGCAUCAACGGGUCGCAAUGGUUGCCCAGUGACAAGCUCACCGGUUCUUUGUUCGGACAACCAACACCAAAAUUGAUUUAGCAGCCAGACAGUCAUUCUGUUGGACAACGACAAUCAAAGGGGAGGACAACGUAUCAAGUUAACCAAAUUCAACAGAUCUGAAUCCUAUUCUGGUCGCUCAGACAAACAAAUCAGAUUCUAUAAAUAUUUUGAUAAAAUGUGAACAAAGAAGAAAAAUCGAACGUAAAUAAAUAAAUUUCAGUUAAAUUCAAUUCAAUGGACUUGAGUGUAAAGUUGUUUUUCUUGCCGGUGUACUUAAGCACACUCAACUGACAAGUGCAUGUCUGAAAAAAGUGUUUUUUGUUUAUAGUGCAAAAAUGCAUUGAAUCACAUUGUGAAAUUCAAAACGAUGGCAUCGACACAAGGAACUAGCAGCGUGAUGGACUCUGAUCCGAAAAAUCGUUUUAAAAUUCUACUGGCAACCGAUAUCCAUCUGGGAUACAAAGAGAAAUGCGAUAUCAUUGGUCAUGAUAGUUUUAUCACAUUCGAAGAGAUUUUAAAGCGUGGCCAAGAGGAACACGUGGAUUUCAUUUUGCUCGGCGGUGAUUUGUUUGACAAAGCAAAUCCGUCCAAAGAAACGUAUAUCGAAUGCACGAGGCUUCUGAAGAAGUAUAUAUUUGGUGAUGCCAAGAUUGGAUUCAACAUUUCAGACGACUACGAAGUCAAUUACAACGAUCCCAAUGUCAAUAUUGCUAUGCCAAUUUUUUCCAUCAAUGGAAAUCAUGAUGAUUCAAAUGGUCGUCGCGGUAAGAGUGCAAUGGAUUUGUUGCAUACAUUGAAAUAUGUCAACUAUUUUGGGAAGUAUACGAAUUUGAAUGAAGUGCAUAUGAAGCCGAUUCUGAUGAGCAAAGGAACACAGAAAUUGGCGUUGUAUGGAUUGAGCCACAUUCCUGACAAACGACUGGUCAAAUUGCUUCACGAGGGAAAGGUGACUGUUGAUAAGCCAGACGAUGACGAGGGACAAUUCUUUAACCUACUGACCUUGCACCAGAAUCGUGCUUAUCGAGGGGCCGACAAUUUUAUCAAAGAAGAAUAUUUGCCAGAUUUCAUGGAUUUUGUCUUUUGGGGGCAUGAACAUGAUUAUUGUUGGAAGCCAAAGCAAAAUGGUGAAAAUGCAUUCUCCCUAUUACAACUGGGCUCAUCAGUUGCAACAUCAUUGACAGAGGGAGAAUCGAAACGAAAAAACAUCGGAUUACUCGAAAUAUCGAAUAACACGUUUGAAUACAAGCCAAUCAAACUAGAAACGGUUCGGCCAAUGGUUUUCAGAUCCAUUGAUUUGCGAAAAUAUGAAUUGAGGUUGAACACAGACGACGGUUGCGAUGACAAGACGAAGGUCAAAGAGCUAAUCCGUGAGAAUAUCGAACAAAUGAUUGAGGAGGCAAAAUCGAAGGAGACCGCGAAUGAAGCCCAACCGAAAGAACCACUGAUUCGGCUACGAAUUUUAUAUCAACAUGAGAAGCAUAGAAUUACGAGUGAAAUUCGAUUCGGACAACAGUAUAAUCAACGGGUUGCGAAUCCAUCGACCAUAAUUAAAAUGACAUCUAGUUUGACUGAUCGAAGAGGCGAAGGUAUAUCGAACAGGGACCCUAACGAUGAUGUUAGCUUACAAGAUUAUAUGAAACAUUGUUUCGAAAACUCAACGAAUGAAUUUGAGAUUUUCACUCCCGAACUUCUCACUAAAGUGCGUGAAGUGUUGGCUUUGCAACUAAGUGCCGAUGAAAACGCAAGAAAUAUGAUCAAUAAUUCGUUAGCUAGGGCUUGCGAUUUCCUGAAAGACACUAUGCCAAAAGACAAAGCCAAUAUUGAUCGUGAAUUGGCCAAAUUUCGUGACACAGAUGAUCAAGUGCUCAGGGAAAUUGAAACGGGCAUAAGAAAUGUGGGUAAUAGCAAUCAAUCGACAAGCUAUGGAUACAAUCAAUCAACUCCUUUUUACGUUGCUGGCCAAAAAAGACCAAGAGCUACAACUCGGAUAAACGUUCCAACUGGACAGCCAAGCAUAAAAGAUAUGUUUAAGAAAGACUAAUUCAUAUUAAUGAUUCAAUGUAAAUGGCAGCUAAGUGAAAAUGAAUAUUGAACUAUUUUUCAUAUUUUUGUAUUUUUCAUAUGUUUCGACAUAUUUUACAGAACAUUUUAUUAACAUUUCUCACAUUUUUUGCCGAAUCGCAGCAAAUUUCCAAUUCAAAUUGAAAUCGCCCUACCCGAAGUCAUUUCGGCAAAUUUGCCAAGAUUUGAAUAUUCAUUUGAUAAUUAUCAUAUCCAAAUCCAUUUAAAUCCAAUUUUAAAAUAAAACAAUUUGUUUAAACAUAA